ACAGCGAGAGGUGACCGUGUAGGGACAUGCGCUUCCGCUCUGCUAGGUGCUGGCAGUUGAAUGAAUAGCUGAACUGGAGUCCCAAUGAAGGUAAGAGGGAAUAUUAUCGCACUGUGUGUACCUGAGGCACCUGUCUCGUUGCUGGCUGUCGUGUAUACACUCGUUAUCGACAAGCCCCGUCUCAGAGAGGACAACACGGAGCUCUACAAGUCUAUGAUCUGUCCCUAGGAUGAAGAGACUCCCCAUCCUAGUUCUGCUCUUGUGGCUGUGUGUCAUGUUCUACAUCGGCAUCUUCCUGUUUGUGGGCGGCUUCCUGCUGGUGAGGCUGGAGGUCAACCGGACCAGCACCUGUGGGGAUGUUUUGCUGCCAGGGGGCCAGCAGGGGGACUUCUGCCAAGGACAGCCACGCUUCCGCAAGGCUGUGGUUCUCAUCAUAGACGCCCUGAAGAUCGACUUUGCCCGCUUUGACCCCGCGAACAAAGAGCCCCGCCCUUUCGAGAACAAGCUGCCCGUGCUGGAGGAAGUGACCUCAUCAAAGCCCUCCCAUGCACGCCUGUUCCCAUUCCGUGCUGACCCCCCCACCACCACUAUGCAGAGGAUCAAGGGCUUCACCACAGGCUCCUUGCCCACCUUCAUUGAUGUGGGCAAUAACUUUGCCUCCAGCGCCAUCCUGGAGGACAACCUAGUUCACCAGCUAGCAGAAGUGGGCAAGAGAGUGGUCUUCAUGGGUGAUGACACAUGGGAAAGUCUCUUCCCAAAAAAGUUCCACCGUUCCCUGCCCUUCCCCUCUUUCAAUGUCAAGGAUCUGCACACAGUGGACAAUGGAAUUCUGCAGCACCUGUACAACAUCAUGGUAAGUGAUGACUGGGAUGUGCUGGUAGCUCACUUCCUGGGGGUGGAUCACUGUGGCCACAGGUUUGGUCCUGACCACCCGGCCAUGGCUGACAAGCUCACCCAGAUGGAUGGGGUCAUCAGAUCUGUGCUUGAUCGGCUGCAGAAUGACACCCUGUUAGUGGUUAUGGGAGAUCACGGUAUGACAGAUACAGGUGACCACGGGGGGGAGAGUCAGAAGGAGACUGAUGCUGCCAUUUUCCUCUACAGCCCCUCUCCCCUCUUUCCAGCAUCCCCUUCCCAGAGUGAUCCUGAGGUGGUGCCCCAGACAGACCUGGUGCCUACCCUGGCCCUGCUCCUGGGCAUCCCCAUCCCCUACAGCAGUGUGGGACAGGUCCUGCUGCCUCUGUUCCCUGCAGACAGUCAGACAGGGGGUGCACCAGCAGGUCUCAGCCAGGCAGAGGCACUGUGGAUCAAUGCCAAACAGGUCAACCGUUUCCUAGAGACCUAUUCCAGCAUGGCCAAAGACAUCCCUCCAGAGAGUCUGUCUCAGCUGCAGGCAGACUUCUCCCGCCUCUCCUCCAAGUACCUCCGCACCGUCAAAGAGGGCCGCUCUCCCACCCCAGAACUAGUGGCCUCCCUGCAGGGGUACCUGACCUCUGUCCGGGACACUUGCCGCGCCACCUGGGCCCACUUCAACCCAGCCAAGAUGGCUGCCGGCAUAGCUGUCCUGGCGUGUGCCUGCGUGCUGUGUUACGUCCUCUCUGAGAUGUCCUCUGUGCUGGUGAGGGAGAGUGGUCUGCUGAGGGUCCCUCUGGUGGCAGCCACUGUGGUGGGGGUGUGUGUGGCUGCAAGUCAGCUGUUCACCCAGGGCUAUGCUGAAGGGUCCUGGUGCCUGGCGGCUGCAGCCUUCUCCUCUGAGGUACUGGUCCUCUGGAGAGCCCGACGGGCCAGGAAGACUACAGCGGCUGAGGGUGGAGAGGUGGCCCCAAGACGUGGCUGGCUGACCCUGCCUCGCUUCUUAUUAACCCCUCCCCUCCUGGUGCUCCUCCUGCGCUGUGCCUCCCUGCUCUCUGACAGCUAUGUAAUAGCAGAGGGCCGUGUGGUCACCUUUCUGCUUAUUUCCAUGAGCCUCUAUGUCCCCUUCCAUCUCAACUGGGACGGCCUCCUGCUACCCCCUGUCCAUGACCCCCUGAAACCCGCCGGGCUGCUGCCCUCCCCGGUUCUAUCCCCCUUAGCCGUAAGGAGGGAGAGCAGCACCUUCCUGGCCUGCCUGGGGGUGUUAGUGGGCUCUCUCUACCUCUCCCUCUUCUUCCACGGCUGUCGUGAGGAGCAGGGCUCCUGCCAGCCCUCCCCGUUCCUCUCCCCCCUGUCACGGGUGCAGGACAGCCGUCUGAAGAACCUGCACUACAUCCUGUCUCUGGCCUCUCUGGGCGCCUGGACCUACCUGCUGCGGCGCUGGCUGCGGCACUACGGCAAUCUGAACAGCCCUAGUGGCACAGUGUUCACGGCCCGCUGGAUCCUACCUCUGCUGUCUGUCUGUUUGGGGCUCCACUGGGCUGUGGCUGCCACCCCAGAGGACAGCUUCCGGAACCUGGCUGAGCUGAUCAGCUUGGGCCAGCGGGCCCUCCCCAGGGUUGCCUUCUCUCUGCUGGGCGUAGGGCUGGCGCUGCUAUGGCUGGAUCCGCUCACCGUAUUUAUCAAGAGCAGGGCUGCAACCCCUGUCCGAGGCCCUGUAUCGCUCCCCCCACCCCGCUACCGGGCCAGCACGGGCAUCAGCACCCAGGCAGAGCUGCACCACCUUAUCCCCCAGCUCUACCAGCGCAUGCGCCGCUCCCUGGAGGAUGGAGAACCAGCCAGGGUUCCUGAGGGGGGCGACCGGCCUGCCGUGGAGGCCUACGGGCUGGGUACGGUCUACUCGGCCCCCGUGGUCCUGCUGUGCGGCCUGCUAGGGCUGGGCCUGCUGCUGCUGCAUCCAGAGGGCAUGUCCCUGUCCUUCCUGCUGCUGCUCCUGGAGAUGGGAGCCCUGCUGCAGAUACACGCCUCCUCCACUACCCUCAACUCCCUGCAGGGGGCGCACUCUGGUGAUUUUUCUGUGCCCUGGACCCCGGUAGUGCUGUGGUCCCUGGCUGCCACUCAGUUCUUCCAUGCCACAGGCCAUCUGCCUACGUUCCCAUCCAUCCAGUGGGCUGCUGCUUUUGUGGGCUUCCCUGGUGGGCACACGGGCACCAUACUCCCCGCUUCACUGGUCACCCUCAACACCUUCUCCUCACACAUCCUCUUUGCAGUGGCUUGUCCGCUGCUUCUCUUCUGGCCGCUGGUGUGUGAGGUGCGAGGGGGACGAGGAGGAAGAGGAGGGGGUGGGGAGGAAGGAGAGGACAAUGCUAUCAUGGAGAUGAGACUAAGGGAGAGUCCCCAGCAGUUCAGCUCUGCCCUUCUACAGCUCGCAACACGCUACCUCUUCAUUAACGGGGCACAGGUCUUUGCAUCAGUCUGUGCAGCUGCUAUCCUCAGGAGACAUUUAAUGGUGUGGAAGGUUUUUGCACCCAAGUUGAUGUUUGAGGCCUCAGGGUUCCUGGUGAGCAGUGUGUUUGUGCUGGUGGGGGUGACCCUGGUGAUGAGGGUGGACGUGGCAGUGGGGCGCUGGUUUAAGAGACUACUCCCUGACACGUCCGAGUAGAGCUGCUAUUGCACUGUUGCAAUUGACCAGGGCCCACUGUAAGGCACCCUACACUGUACAUCCCUCUCUGGUUCUGGGGGGGUGCAAGGAUGGACAGAGGGGGGGUUUUGGGGUGACCCAGGGGAAUUCGCCAUAAGGGCAGCCGUAAGUAUCUAGAGGGACUGAGGUGUUUGGGUGACUUGUCCUCUCAAACUCAACUUCAGUGUAGGCUGUAUGAUGUCAACAAAGGUGCUCUCUCCUCUUGCUCUGUCAAUGCAGGCGGACCACAAUGGAACUGAAUGGUUGGAACUUUUCACGUCCAUCCUCAAUACGACAAACUCUAAACCCAUUGAAGAACAUCUGUAAUACUCCACUUUAUUCUCCUUGGUCAUGUAUGGGACAGAUCCAAGCCUUCACAGCAUUACUCUCCAUUGUAUUGCCUAUCGGGUGGCCAGUUAAUGAGGCUGUUUACAGAGUGGAUGGGAAAGGGGCCUAUGGGACCCACAAUGCUCUCUGGCUCAUGCUCAGUUAUGUAUGACAGGUCAACAGGAAAUGGGUGGAUAGUGUGCAAAAAGCAAUGAAAUUAAUCCAUCCCAGCAAAGUGCAUUAUGUCUGUCAUCUCAAGUGUCUGCUGAAGGAAAUGAUCAAUUCUUCUCUUGUUUUUAUCGUUUUUAUAUUUAAAAAUGGUGGUUUCUUACUGCCAACACUGACGAUUAUAUUACAAUAUUUUACAGCAUCAGCAAUAACUGUCUUAAUUCAUCUCGAAUAACAGUAUGAUUUAUAACAAUGUUUUCUAAUCCCAAAUAUACAGGUCAGUAGUCUUAUGUGAGCCAAUAAAGCACAUUUUCCCUUGGACAGGAUAGCUUUAAUGAAUGCCUUGUGUGAUGUGACUUGUUGGAUGGAAAAAAAGAAAAAGUAGAAAUUGAGGACAUAAGCAUUGACUGUUUUUAUUUAUUUCUCUGUGGUAGGUACAGUGUGCUGUAGGUCACUGGACAAGGACAUGUUACAUUUCUCAGCUCUAGUCUGCAAUGCAUGAAACUGAAGGGAUGUCAUUUGAGCUCAGGUUGAAUUUGCCCCAAUGCAAUAGAGCUCCCUUGCUCAAGUGAAUGAUUGAUGUCUACUUCUCUUGGCAGAAGGUAGUGGGUACUAUAUUUAUGCCAAUCUGAGUCAUGCCUUGUUAUAAGUGUUGGUGAGUUGAUAGGUUCAGUUGCCAUAGAUUUCUUUCGUUACAAAUACUUUUGUUAAUAUUACUUUUGUUUAAUAUAACCAAUGAACUAAAUUGAUCUUAUUGUGAAACUCAAAUUAAAUAGUUUGUACAUUUA